UUUUUCUAUGAAAGCGUUUUAGGGUUCUAACAAUAAUAAUAGAACGUAUGAGAAAAAUUGCUUGAAAGUAAUUAAAUGGGGGUGAGUUUAUUAAUAAAUUUUAAUUUUUAUUAUUAUUUUAUUUGUUUUGGAUUUCUGUAAUUUCUCACCUGAUCUGCAUCUCAAAACUUCUCCAAUGGCGAAAUCGGUCUCCACCGCCGUGUCAUCCCUCGCUCAAACCCUAAAGCGGUACUUCAAGAAACCGUGGGAAAUAACCGGCCCGUGUGCCGACCCGGAGUACAAAUUAGCAGUGCCCGGCGCGCUCGAGUACCGGGUCGAGUGCCCAGCCACGACCAAGGUCCAGGCCUGCGUGCCCACCUCCAACCCGGAAACCGUGUACGACAUCAAGUACUAUACCCGCGACCAGAGGCGCAACCGGCCACCGAUUAGACGCACCGUUUUGAAGAAGGCGGAUGUGGAGAAGAUGAUGAAGGAGAGGACGACAUUCAACGUCUCGGAAUUCCCACCUGUUUACUUGGCCGAAGCCGUUGAAGAGGAUUACAAUGCUCGAGGUGGAGGCUACCAGAAAUGAAUUGGGCUUAUGGGAUUCUGGAAAAAUAUGUGUGUUAUUUUGUUCCUCUCGUCGAACUAAAGAGAUGCUGUUCAUGUUAGCAUGAAUGCUUGUCUAGUCUGCUCACUUAAGGAAAUGCUGUGUUUGACGUGAAUAAAGGGUACUUGACACAACUAUUUUUUUUUUUAUCCUUUAGUUUGUCCAAUAAUGUUUUUGUAUAAAAUCUAAAUGCAACCGCAGUUGGGUGAUUCGAUGACAUUAUCGCUCGUUUUUAUAACUUCUAAGAUUUCUACUUGCUAUAAUUUUGCAAA